GUUGUAGUUGCACAGGAAGUACUAACAAAUAAACAAAAGACAGCCGAGAAGGGCAACCCCUCGGAUGAUUGUUCAGACGAAGACCGCCCAAAUAGAAAACACACGCUGUUUCCCCUCGGCCUGACGGAUUUGGCAAUCAGAGCUCAAGUUCACAGGACAGGGGCUGGGCCUCUGGUGGCAGGAACUGGAGUCGGAGGCUUCCCCUACUACUUGCUCAGGGAGGAGAACCUCAGGCAUGCCUUUCAGUGCCUCGGUCUCUGAACCGUCUCACUUGGGGAAAUCCAGCCACAGCCCACGGUCACCCGUGCAGGAAUCCAGAUGCUGGCCAAGUACAGCAGCACGCGGGACAUGCUGGAUGCUGAUGGAGACACCACGAUGAGCCUGCAUUCUCAAGCCUCUGCUACAUCCCAGCGGCCAGAGCUUGGCCAUACAGAGCACCAGCGUCCCUCUUCUGCUUGGCGUCCAGUGGCCCUGAUCCUGCUGACUCUCUGUUUGGUGCUGCUGAUUGGCCUGGCAGCUCUGGGGCUUGUGUUUUUUCAGUUCUACCAGCUCUCCAACACUCAGCAAGACAGCAUUUUGCAAAAGGAGGAAAAAUUGGGGAAUCUCUCCCGACAGCUGCAAUCUCUCCGAACCCAAAACAGGAAACUUGCAGAAACUCUGCAUCACGUGGCUGAGAAACUCUGUCGUGAGCUCUAUAACAAAACUGGAGAACACAGAUGUAGCCCUUGCCCAGAAAAAUGGAAAUGGCAUGGGGACAAAUGCUACCGAUUCUAUAAAGAAAGUAAGAGUUGGCAGGGCUGUGAAUAUUUCUGCAUUGCUGAGAACUCGACUAUGCUGAAGAUAAACACACAGGAAGUGCUGGAGUUUGCCAUGCCUCAGAGCUACUCUGAGUUUUUCUACUCUUAUUGGACAGGGCUAUCCCGCAACGGCAGCGGCAAGGCCUGGCUGUGGAUGGAUGGAACCCCUUACUCCUCCGAACUGUUUGAUGUUAUAGUAGAUUUGACCAGCCUGAGAAGCAGGGACUGUGUGACCAUCCUCAAUGGGAAGGCUUUUUCCAAGGACUGCAGAGAGCUGAGACGAUGUGCCUGUGAAAAAGCCGCAGCCAUGGUGAAGGUGCAGAGUCUCCAUGAGCCUCUGAGUCGGAGGUGGAGGUGAACAGUUCUCCAGCUACAACCGCAACAGCAGGCCCCCUUCAGAGAGCUGGAAGCUUCUACUCUGCAGAUCACAACUCUCGACUCUUUAUGUGCACCUGGCCUAAUGUGGGUCCAGUUCCUAUUUCUGUCCAUUUAGUCCCUGUUAUACCUUCCAGGUGUUGCUGUGGUUUAGUCGCUAAAUUGUGUACUGCCCCAGGUACUAAAGAUUUAAUAAUAAUAAAUAUAAAUAAUGGAAAGUGUUGGCGAUUUUAGAAUGGACUUAUGAUUUAGGGAAAAACUCAACUUUAAGGUGCUCUUCCACAAAAUAUGAUAGCAGUCAGUAUUGUGGUUAUACGUGUCUUAUUGAGAGUUUGUAGUUGCUUUUGCAAUAGUACUGAUUAUUUCAUUAUUUGAGGAAACUAAGAGGUCUGGGAGAGGCAUGCUUUCUUCAGGAGGAUAGUUUUAACAUUCUAAAUUUUAAAUCUUUUUAGUUAUGCAUAUGUCUUCAGCAUAUGGCUAAGGAUGAGUCAAAUGAAUUGUGAUAGGGUAAGUUAUCUAAUCAGAUCAUGGCAAAUGAAAGGGACACUGUGACAUCAGACACAGCUGGCUUCUUGUGCAGGCGUCCCCUGCUCAGAAUAACAAUAUGCACACACCUAGCAGAAAUUCCAGAUAACACUAUCACGACACACUGACUUCAUUGGCUUAGAGAGAAGUCAAUUUUAGGAGUUUAACACUAGAAGGGAUAAUCUGUUAUCAUUCUUUGUUUUUCAACAGUGGAAGCUGGGAUUCUUCACUUUUAUUUUUCAUAAAUAUCUAUCUCAUGGUGAAAUGACAUAAAAUUAGCCAAUACACAAUAAAGAGAAGAUGGUUGUAUUUACUCCCAUCAUACUGUGCCACUUA